AUGAAUUUUGAAUAUAAAUUAGUGAUAACGGUAUCGACAGACAUUCAGGUAACUAAUUCCUUUGGGUUGUUUCAAGAUACUGAUUUCAAGCUAUCGGAAGAAGAACAAGAAGAAGAUAGACAAACAAGCUCCAAAUUCAAAUUUAACGAUUGGAGAGAAACAGACUGGUUUAUUCAUUUCACAAAUCUGAAAACUUUUAACAACAAAAUGAUUACUGGUGAUAAAGAUUUGAUUACCUCCAAGUAUCUGGGUCAUGGUAUCAUCAAGCUAUUUAAAUCGAUUAAUGAUGGCAAUGAUGAUGGUGCCAAGAGUAAAGAUGAAGACAUUUUGACCAUUCCUGGCGACGACACUAUGGUUUGUAUUCUUUUCGUUCCAACUUAUUUUACUGUCCAUGAUCUUCUUCACUAUUAUAUAGGUGAUGAUAUUAUAAACAAUCAAAUAUCGAACUUUAGGAUCUUAAAGAACUUGAAUGACGUUAAAAUGGGGUUUAAUUUUAUGGUACUAAUGAAAUUUAAAGAUCCUUUGAUGGCAAAAACAUUUAAAGAUAAAUUCAAUGGUAAAUCAUUCAGUAAGAUUGAUCCUGAAAAAUGCCAUGUUAUUUCCAUAAAAGAGAUUGUAUUCAAAAAAAAUUUGUUUAUAAAUGAUGCUAAAGAUUUUCCUUACUUAUUAACAGAUCCAUUCACUACAACUAAACUGGCGACAGAUGUAGAAUUACCGACUUGUCCCGUUUGUUUAGAGAGGAUGGACUCAGAAACGACAGGACUGAUUACGAUCCCUUGUCAACAUACUUUCCAUUGUCAAUGUCUUGAUAAAUGGAAAAAUUCGCAAUGCCCUGUGUGCCGGUAUUCAAGUUUUAGAAUUAGUAGAGAUUCUUUAUUGAAACAGGUUGGGAAUUCUGCACAUUGUGAAGAUUGUAAUUCAAAUGAUAAUCUUUGGAUAUGUCUAAUUUGUGGGAAUAUAGGCUGCAGUCGGUACAAUUUGAAGCAUGCGAUAAGUCAUUAUGAAACUACGUCUCAUUGUUUUGCAAUGGACAUGAAGACUCAAAGAGUUUGGGACUAUGCAAGUGAUAAUUAUGUUCAUAGAUUAGUACAAAAUGAAGUAGAUGGUAAAUUAGUAGAAAUCACUGGGAAUCCGACACUUUUAGGGUCAUCGUCAUCUUCCGCUAAAGAUCAUGAAGAUUAUUCAUUAGCAUCAAAUUUUUUAAGGAACAAAGAAUACCAUUUAGAAUACGUGCAAGUUCUAAUAUCUCAGUUGGAAUCACAACGAGAAUAUUAUGAGACAAAACUAAGCGAAAAGGAAAAUGAUAGCAAGAUCGAUGAUCUAACGAGAGAUCUCGAUCACUUAAAAUUGAGGUUCAAAGAAUCUGAGUUGAAAAAAAAUAUCAAUGAAGUUAAAUUGAAUAAUGAAGCCAAAGAGAAUAAACUAAUUAUUCGUGGUCUUCAAGAUAACUUGGAUCACUUGGAGAAACAGAAUGAUCUUCUUCGAAGGCAGAAUGAAUCCUUAGUUGCUGAGAAAAAUGAUCUGAAUGAUCAGGUUAAAGACCUUAUGUUUUACUUGGAGACUCAAGAAAAGUUUAAAGACGCAUCGGAGGAAGAUAAAAACGGAACUGUAAUAAUCCAGCAGCCGCCAGCAUCGAGUAGUAAAUCUAAGAAAAAAAGACCUAAGAGCAACAAGAAGAAGUGA